UUCUACCGGGUUCCGUACAGGAGACAUCUCUGCCUGCUGAAACUCUGUCAAACCUGACAGCCUCACCAGAAAUUGAAUAUGUAGGAACAACGACAUGUUUUCUUCACACGCCAGACUUGCUAGCUAACGUUACGUUUAGAAAUCACAACGUGAAAGCUGCUGAAUAAGCCGUAGCUAGCCAGCUAGCAUCACCAUCAGCACUGUCAACUAUGGCGGCAGUUGACAGCUUUCAGUUUUUGUACAGAGAAAUUUCUCGGUCAUGCAGUUUUUACUUUGAAACUCUGGCCCUGGUCGGUGCUCUGUACACCGCCAGCAGGGCGGUAAUCCUGCUCCGAGACUGCUGCACGUUGGUCAGGGUUCAUUUCCUGCCAAGAAUGAUCCCGAGCAAGAGGCUGACUCAAAGAUUUGGUGACUGGGCUGUCAUUUAUGGGGCGUCCGAACCCGUGGCCAAAGCCUAUGCGGAGGAGCUGGCCCGGCACGGCGUCAGCAUUAUCUUCAUCACUCAGGACCACACCUCUGUCAGAGACACGGCUGCAGCCCUCUCCCAAAGCUACGGAGUGGAAACUGUUGUCAUCCUAGCUGACUUCUCGUUGGACCACGCAGCCAGCAAGCCCAUCAAAGAAGCCAUGAGGGGGAAAGAUAUCGGCUUCCUGGUGAACUGUGUGGAUGAGUCUUUGGCUUCCCCUCAGAGCCUGAUUGAAAUGCCUGAGCAGAGCCUGCUGGAUUUGGUGAAUAAGAACGUUGCGGUCGCGACUCUGAUGGCGCGGUUGGUGCUGCCGGGGAUGGUGGAGCGCAGCAGAGGAGCUGUGGUCAAUAUAUCAUCGGGGGCUUGCUGCAGACCCCUGCCUGGAAGAGUGACGCUCAGCGCCGCCACUGGCUACCUGGACCAUUUCUCAAGAGCUCUUCACCUGGAGUACAGCGGCAAAGGGAUCUUUGUCCAAAGUCUGAUUCCUUUACAGAUAGCCUCAAGUGGUCGACAACCGUCAUCCUCAUCAUCGACAGCAUCGCAGAGACAGGGCUGGUUUGCACCAAAGCCAGAUGUCUACGCUCGCCACGCCAUCUCCACCCUGGGCGUCUCUCACAGGACCACCGGCUACUGGCCUCAUACGCUGCAGUAUGGACUGAUGAGAUGUGUUCCCGAGUGGAUUUGGGUUCUUGGAUCACGUGUGUUCAUCAGCUUAAGCUAAGAUCUCACUCCUCCAUUCAGCACUGAACCCAGUUCUGGAUCUCCUCGCUCCUGGAAUCACGUAGAGUUUAGUGUCCUGUGCCAUUCGUCUGAACGUGUUUAGCUCUCAGGCUGUGGUGAGGUUGGUAGUUAAGAGAUUUUCUUCUCUUGGUUUGAUAAGGAUUUGAAGGGAAGCUGCAGUGAAAUUUGAAUCUGAAAUAAUGAAUGGAUGUGUAUAUAUAUAUAUAUUACUCCUGUGUGACUGGAUGAUGGUCUGACAAAUCUGUGACGUCCAAAAUUAACUCUAGACUCCAGACGACCUGAGAUCCGAGGUCUGAGUCUGGGUUUGACCUUGAGUAUAAAGUUGCUGAUUACCAUAUGUAGUUUGGUGCCUGGACCUUUAUAACAGAGCCUCCAAACUGUUUCAGCCAUUUAAACUAUUAGAUAAAUCAUUUCAGCGGGCCAAUGAGGACCGUGAAGGCCUGGUUCAGUACGACAAUAUAACACUGAAUACUUCCGUGUUCUGCAGAAUAGACAGCAGGCGAGUUUAGAAGCCUCAGUACGAGCACUCAGCACUAAAUUAAGUGUAAUUUAAGUGUAAUUUUGCAAUAAUGUGACUCCAAAUCUAAAAACUGAAACUCUACAUUGUGACCAAAGCAGGUAGAAAUCAUCUGAAUAUGUUCCGACAAUGCGAACACGCCUUUAAUUUCACGUUCUUGGUCGAAUCGAAGGUAAAAGCAGGUGGUGACUGGAAGACUUCAGCUUCAGCUGGAUGUGAUUCAAACGAGUGAAGAGUCACGUUUUGUUUUGUUGAGAAACUAUUUGAGCUGUGUUUAGUUUUUGUAGAGAGUAUUUAUAUUAAAAUGUGGACAGAUUCAGACAUAAAGACUUAAACAUACAGGACAGUGAAUAAAAUAUCGACUUUAACAUAAUGUUUGUCAUCAUAGUACGAAGGUGGAACAAUAAAACAUCCAUUUGCUGGC